CAACUCCCCCAAAUAUCAACCUCUGUACGCGUCGUCAUUUCAUCCAAAAUUCAGUUGCGCUAAUAACAAUCUGAUUCUCGACACGGGCUUCGUUGUUUAGUGCUGAUGAGAUAAAUACAAGCAUUGCUCCAACUUAAAGCUAUUCAAAUAUCAGCUUGUGAACCAAGGAUGGCAUCUCUAGCCCAGCCUCCAUCUACCAUGUCUGCCAUUACUGUUCCCCUAGUCCGUCCUAGGAGCUUUCGAUUGUCAAAGUCCCUAAGUCUGCCCCAUAGAUGGACCUUCAACCACAUGCACAUUAGGCUUCCAACUGUUUGCUGCACAAAUGUGUCUCCAUGGGAAAGUGGACCUGUCACGUAUGCACCCAGUGAAGAUAUCGCAAGUGGCUUCCUAAAGGGAACCUCCAACAUCUUUGAGAACAUGAAUUCUGAAAAAACAACUGAACAAGUGUUAACCAAUACCGAAGAGCUCACAGAUGCAAGCAGUCAGCCAACCAUGCGGCUUCAGUAUCUUAGAUGGCCUAUGUGGAUUCUGGGCCCUUCUAUUCUCCUCGCCACAGGCAUGGUGCCCACCUUGUGGUUACCCAUAUCAUCCAUUUUCCUUGGCCCCAACAUAGCCAGCCUUCUUUCCUUGACAGGACUUGACUGCAUUUUUAAUCUCGGUGUAUUCCUCUUUCUCCUAAUGGCUGAUGCUUGUGCCCGUCCAAAAAACCCAACACAAAAUUGCAGCAGCAAGGCUCCUUUCACUUACCAGUUCUGGAACAUGGUUGCGACCAUAACAGGAUUUGUCAUACCCUUGAUGAUGCUGCUUGGUUCUCAAAAGGGCGUCCUCCAGCCUCAGUUGCCUCCCAUUGCAUUUGCAGUUCUGUUGGGUCCCUACCUUCUGCUUCUAUCAGUGCAGAUGCUGACAGAGAUGCUUACAUGGCAUUGGCAGUCACCUGUGUGGCUGGUGACCCCUGUUGUGUAUGAAGCUUACCGUGUGUUGCAGCUGAUGAGAGGGCUGAAGCUUGGUGCUGAGCUCAGUGCACCGGCAUGGAUGUUGCAUACUAUUAGAGGGCUGGUGUGUUGGUGGGUUCUGGUCCUUAGUAUGCAGCUCAUGAGGGUUGCUUGGUAUGCUGGUUUCACUGCCCGUGCUCGUCAAGAAGAGGUUGUUGAUGGUAAAUGAUUUGACUGUUGAUGAAGGCUACAAGAAGGGUGGCUUCAUAUAUAUGCAUAUUGCGAGUAUACAUUCAUUAAGUAGUUGAACUGGCAAGGUGCCUGCUUAUAUGUAUAUAACAAUAUGUGCCUGUAUUUUUAUUUUUUAUUUUUAAAUGAAGAGAUCCUACUACAGUAAACAUUGGUUGUUAAGCAAGCCUUUUACUGCCCGUGUUAUUCUUAACAAG